GCAUUUCCUGUUGGAAGCGGAUCCUAUAUAAAAAAAAAUCACAAAGAAGUUAUUUUAUGCUUACAAACAUAGCUGUUGUCUUUUAUAUAUUUGCAAAAAGGUCAUCGAUCUCGUCUCUACAUCAUUUAAGAACUUUUUUAGCCUUUAAAAGUUGUGGUUAUUUGCCCAAAUACCUCAAUUUUUGUCUUUCUUCAACAGUUCUUUCAGUAGUUUGUCUUUCAAUAGUGGUAUUGCUUGACGAAGCGCCAAAACUAAUAUUGCUUGAUAUCACAUUGCCGGUUAUUUUUAUACAGUUACUUGACUCAUCCUGGUUUUUAUAUUUAUUUUCACUUUCUUUGACAAUAUUGUUUACAGAGUCUUUUAAUUCCUCACUGAUUGAUGGAUCCCUUGCAAUGCUUUUCAGAUGGUAUAAAAAUGUACUUUCGAGGGCUUUUUUGCUCUUUUGUGAAUGUUUUUCUUCGUAAUAUUUAAUGUAGUUAGACAAAUCCCAUUCAGAAAGAGGGUGUUCUGAGAAAAAACUAUCUUUUGAUUUAAGAUGUUUAUAGUUGUGCAUAGGUACAGUAUCGAUGAUGCUUUUGAAAAACUAAACUCUUUAACAACUUUUUUUUUUUAAGGGUAUGAUUUAAUACAAAUUUUUAAGUCACACAUCGCGGAGUGGUGGAACUUGUUGAAACGAAUGAUCGUGGAUGGCAUAUAAGCUAUAGAAUUAGUCUAUGUUGGAAGGAGGAUUGAUAAUC